CCACUCAGCAGUCGUUUAGAGGAACGGAGGAAGUCAGAGUCGCUCUGUUAGUCUUCUGCACUUGUUACUAUGCGCUGGUUCAGUUCGUCUUCUUACGCUUUUCCACUGUGGACUUUAAUCCUGUGCUCGGCUUUCUUAAUCGCACCUGUUCAAGGUGAGGUUCUGAUGAUUGGUUCAAAUCUUCCAAUCAUCGCCGCUCCUGGUGAUGAUGUCAUCCUGCCGUGUCACCUGGAGCCCAUGUUCGAUGUCCAGGGUCUGACGGUGGAGUGGUCCAAACCCGACCUGAAGCCCGACCCGUCGGACCGGCUGAGCCGAGUGGAGUACGUUCACCUGUACAGGGACAGGAAGGAGGUCCCCGACAUGAAGAUGGCCUCGUACUUCAGGAGGACGGAGCUGUUCAUGGACGCCAUGAAACACGGGAACAUUUCACUGAAGAUCCUGAACGUGUCGGAGGAAGACAAUGGCAGAUACAGAUGCUUUAUCCCCAAGCUGAGGAGCAGAGUGAAAGCUGCUGUUGUUGAACUUGUAGUCGAUCCAAAUGUUGCAAAAACCUCAACAAUGGCACCACUACAUCCCAGAAACUUCCAAACUCCAGAUCCUCAGGACACGACUCCAACAAAUGCAGGUCGAUCCAGGGUCCCUGUGGUCGUCAUUGUUGUCACCUUAUUAUUAGUUUUGGCUCUCGCUGGUUUUGCUGCAUAUUUCUCUCACCGCAUUUUUCAGAAACUAAAACAGAAGCAUCAAAAGGACGAUGAGAUACAAAAACAACCACUGCAAGUCUAGAAGUGUAGAUCUUCAGUCAGAUUGGGGAUUCAAACCAGCAGCCACAGGGUGACACUCGGGCCCAGCAGCACCAAGAUCAUCAUAAAGUCACUCCUACAAAAGGAUGUGAGCCUGAUUUGAAUGGAUCUAAACAGGAAAUAUUUCUUACAGAAGUCUUCAGUCAGAGUGGCUGCUGUCAGACUCUGGAGGAUCUGCUUGGAAACAUCAAGCAGUGAAACUGAUGGAUUUCCUCCUUCAAUACAAAACUGUGAAGUUCAGCCUGGAGAAGAAACACUCCUCUGCUUCACUGUCAGCGUGUUUAAUGAAUAUUUAUUUAGUCUUUACCUCACUGGUUAAGGUGCACUUAAAUCUCUCAGUGAGACCUCAAAGUGUCUCUGAUGGACAAAUUAAAAUGAAAAUGAAAACUGUUGGAAAAUCACCAGUAGACUGUGAAGUACCAGGAACAGGAUUUAUGGAGCUCACAUUAAGCACAUUAACUUUAAUGUCUCAGAGAAACUGAACUAUAAGCUGAACACUAAGUAACUGCUGCACUUUAUAAACAGAAAAGAGGCUGAUUUAUACUUUUUAAAGCUACAACUAAUUUAUUACAUUUACUGUGAAACUUCCUGCUGGUUGGGACUCGAUGCUCAGACUUUAACGUCAUAGUCCGAUUUGUGACUUUGUGCUUUCACUGCCUUUAAGUCAAAGUCAGUGUUUAUGUCACAGACAGAUGAGUGUGUGAUGAAACAAGCUUAAACUUCAACACGAGAAUAAAAACAUUUAAAUACUGACCUGAAAGAAUUUCUUGGAUUCUUUGAUUUUCAAGCCUCUUCUUGACAUUUUGUUACAAUUUGUGUGUUUUCUUGUUUUUACAACUAAUACCUCGUCCUAUUAAUUAAUUUAUGUAAGUUAUGUAUUUAUUGUUGUCAUGUGUCGUUUCCUGUUUGCAUUUGAUGAUGUUUUCAAACAUUUAAACCAAAUGAACUGUUUAAAAACUUGUUUACUGUUGUUCCAUGUUCUUGAAUAACAUCAGUAGUCUGUGAACAUGAUGACGAAAUCAAAUAAAUCAGUAACAGUUUGUCAUC